AUGUUGAAUAUAUCUAUACGAAUCAGCGACGUCCUCAUUUCCGUCCCCCUAUUCACAUUAUCCACACCUACUCAGAGAAAAGCGUAUGCGGGUACCAAGGUCUAUCGUAUCCCGACUGGAAAUCAGGAGCAGACGGAUCGGAUCUCCAAUAUGAUCGCAACACUCGGGGUUCCUACCUGGAAGUCGGCCAAAGUCGCCUUUUCGCAUGUGGAUGUUGAAGUAUCCAAGGAUCGAUUAACUGCUUUUCAUGAUGCCCUGAAGCAGAUCAACCCUCAGGUCGAUUCCCAGUUGAUUACUAUGCAUGACGAUCUGAGCGUUAGUAUUGCAAAGGAGGCUGAGGGUAUGAAUAGCCCAUACAGGGAUGCUUUUGUUGGUUUUGCCAAUGCAGCCUGGUUUACUAGCUAUCACACUUACGCUGAUCACUUGACGUUCUUGAGCGAUCUCGUGAGCACUUUCCCUAACAAUGCCAAGGUUGUUAUGGGUGGAACCUCGUAUGAAGGACGCCCUAUUACCGGAAUCAACAUAUUCGGGAGCUCUGGAUCCGGGACAAAACCUGCGAUCAUUUUCCAUGGAACCGUUCAUGCUCGUGAAUGGAUCACCACAAUGGUGACCGAACAGAUCGCAUACAGUCUGCUUUCGAACUAUACUACCUCUGCAACGAUCAAGAGUUACGUCGACAAAUACGAUUUUUAUAUUUUCCCUGUCGUUAAUCCUGAUGGUUUCGUAUAUACUCAGACUACCGAACGAUUGUGGCGCAAGAACCGUCAGCCGCCUCCAUCUGGAACGUGCUACGGCCGAGACAUCAACAGGAACUGGCCCUGGAAGUGGGACGUUGCUGGGGGUUCUUCUACUAGUUCGUGUUCCGAGACUUACAGAGGUGCUGCCGCCGGAGACUCUCCCGAGAAUAAAGGAUUGGCUGCUUUUAUCAAUGCAAAAGCCAACUCGGCGGCUGGGGCCAAGCUUUAUGUCGACUGGCACUCUUAUGGUCUAUAUUUCAUGGGACCAUAUGGAUACUCGUGCUCUGCAAACGCUGCUGACAAGACAGAGCACACAAAGCUGGAACAAGGUUUCGCGGCUGCUUUCAAGGCACCCUAUGGCAAAACCUUAAAGACCGGGCCGAUUUGUUCGACUAUCUACCAAGUCUCGGGCGGAAGUGUCGACUAUGCAUACGAUGUUUCAAAGAUCAAGUAUUCAUUUACUCCCGAGCUACGUGGAGGGUCGUCGGGUAGCGGGUUUGUCCUGCCCCCUGCUGAGAUUCUUCCGUCUGGAAUUGAGGCAUAUGAGGGAGUCAAGUAUCUUCUGGCCAAUAUGGUUUAA